AUGUCGCUUCAAGUCGACGACGGCCGCUCACGUACUCGCUCCAAGUCUCGCGAAAGAUCUCGGUCCAGAUCUCGCGAUAAUCGCGUCUCAUCCUCGGACCUGAAUCUCUCGGUGGAAACUACCUCUCGUCCGCGCUCGCGUUCCCCCGCAGUCGUCGAAAUCGGCAAGCAGUCCGUAUCUUCCAGCUCCAAUCGCAAUUAUGGGGAUAUGGACCAAGCCGAGAUCGACCGUCAGUAUAAGCUGAUGAAGGAGAGUCGGCUCCGGGAUACGGACCGUGAUCGGGACUCGAGGACUGCACCCAGGAGUCCUGGUCCUGGUCCUGGUCCUGCGAGGAGCUCCGCGUAUGAUGUGCGCCGCGAUGAUUCGGACGAUAGCGCCAGACGUCGCGAUAGAGAGGAGAGGCGUCGACAGGAAGACCGUGAGCACCGCGAGCGCCGCAACCGCGAUCACUACGAGCAUUCCGACGAUGACCGUGAUAUAAGGACCAUACAGCCGCGCGAGUAUGGCCGACCGCCACAGUCUCCAUUGCCGGGUGGCAGUUCCCGCAAUGGGCAGGGACAGGGCCAUUCGCGAAGCCAAAGCCGUCGGGAUGACAGUUCAGAUGACGACUCGGUUGAUGAUGAUCUUGCCUACGGCGCUACGCCUGGCAGCCACCCCAGCUAUGCGCGACCGGGCAAAUUCCAGUACGCGCAACAGCAGGCGGGGCCACCGUUGCCUCAGCGGCCCAGCACCAAGACCGACUGGGCGCCCAUUCCCGAGUGCGAGCGCCCGGGCUUUGUGCCGCCUACGUCUCAGCCUCAGAGCGGGAUGAUGCCAGGCGCGUUCCCUUCUUCUUCGGCGUACGAUAUGCCGGCCACGAUGGCGCCGAGCUUUCCUACACCGCAGUAUACGAGUCCUAUUCCGCCGUCGUCGCAGCCGUACCCUUCAAAUGUGACGAGCGGUGCCUAUGCGCCUUCGCAUUAUCGUACGGCAUCGGCGAGCGAUGCACCUGGGUCUCAGCAGGGAUAUGCACACCCGGCGCCGUACCAGUAUGCGCAGGUUGAUCCCAACGUGCGGUAUACUUCCAAGGCAGCUACGAAGCCGGCGUACAAUGUUUCGCCCGACGCGCAGUUCUCUACGCCGGCUACAGGCGCUGCGUAUACCCGCGGACCUCAGCAUGAUCGCGCCCCGUCGCAUUCGCAGUCCCAGCCCGAGCAGCCGAUCUAUUCGUACAAGUAUGACCAGGGGCCUCAGUUCUCAGACAAGCCUGCAGCACCACCGCCCCCCUCUCCUCGAGCCGCACCCCAGAAACAGUACAUGGAGAUCACGCCCGGUGGUGGCCGCCGUCCGCACAGUCUGUCCGUGUCAUCAGCGAAUAACCUAGCCGUUGCUGGCGCUGGCGCUGGCGCUUCCAUGGCUGGACAUCACCCACCCGCUAGUCCGCUUCUCGAGCCAUACCGUGGUACCUACCAGUCAAUGUCUCCCAUGCCCUCACCCAUCGUGAUCCCGUCAAUCCGCGACGACGACAUCUCCGACCUCGAGCCUCUCGACGGCGAAACCUCCAGCUCCGAAUCCCGACGCCGCAGAGGCCACGCCCGCACCAAGUCCUCCAUCAGUGAAAGGGAGUACGAGCGCGAUCGUCAUCGCGAUCGCAGCCACGACCGCCUCGACAGCCGCCACAGAAGCAACAACAGCAUCAGCAGCAGCAAGGAAAAGCUCCGCCUCGACCGCGACCGCGACCACGACUACUCCGACCGCGAAGACAAGCGACGCACGCGCCCAAUCGGCCACGACCACCACUCCUCCGUCUCCUCGCUAACAGGCGGCAACACGAGCGACUCGAUGAUCCUAAUCUCGCCCAAAGGCAACAACGGGCCCGGCCACGGCCCCAGCCGCGCCAGCGCCGCCGAAAACGCCCGCAAGCGCGUCUCCUUCUACGACGCCGGCCCCGACGCCGACGCAAUGCAAUCCGCCCUAAACCACACGCGCAACAUCGACAACAAAACCAUCAUCCAGACCCUCCCCAUGCUCUCCAGCGACCAGAUCCUCACCCUGCGCGCAGAAUACAAAGCCCGCGUCAAAGUCCACGGCAAAGGCAUCAACCUAGCCAAGCACCUCCGCCUCAAGCUCGGCGGCUCCUCCUCCUUCAGCAAGGUCGCCUACGCCACCGCCCUCGGCCGCUGGGAAUCAGAGGCCUACUGGGCAAACUGUUACUACCAGGCCGGGACCUCGCGGCGCGAGCUCCUGAUAGAGUCGCUCAUGGGCCGCUCGAACGCCGCUAUCCGCGAGAUCAAGGCUUGUUUCAGGGAUACGCGGUAUGAGAAUAGCUUGGAGCGUUGUAUGAGGGCGGAGCUGAAGGCGGAUAAGUUUCGCGUUGCGGUGCUGCUUGUGCUGGAGGAGAAAAGGCAGGAGGAGCGCGAGCCGCUGGAUGCUAGGCUUGUAAGGCAGGAUGUUUCGGAUUUGCAUCGGGCGCUUGUGUCGAGGGAUGGUGGGGAGACGGCGAUGAUUCAUAUUAUUGUGUUGAGGAGUGAUGCGCAUUUGAGGGAGGUUUUGCGCGCUUAUGAGGCUGUGUAUGGGGAUAAUUUUGCGCGCGCGAUGAUUGCUAAGUCUCGCAAUUUGGUGGGCGAAACACUAGCCCACAUCCUCAACGGAGCCAUCAACCGCCCGAUGCGCGACGCCCUCCUCCUCCACCAAGCCCUCCGCGAAUCAAAAUCAGGCCGCGAACGUUCCGAACUCCUUAUUUCCAGACUUGUCCGAUUGCACUGGGAGCCGCGACACUUUGAGCAGGUGAAGAUCGAGUACCGGAGGCGGUAUGGGGAGCGGAUCGAGGAAGCCAUCGCGGAGGAGGUCCUCACGUCGAGUAAUGGGGGUGAAUGGGGAGAGUUUUGCAUCGAGCUGGUGCAUAGUAGUUCUGCUGCUUGA